CGGGGCAUAACAAAACAUAACCUACCAACUACUAAACUCUUCCUUAUUGGUGUUAACACAAUGUUUCAAAAUGUCAAGGUUACCGUUCUCAUUUAAACAAACGAACCAACCCAAUCAUUAAAGCAACCUUCUUGAUUAUCCUAAAGCCGCAACAACACUACCACUCUUUUUCUUUCUCAUUAUUAUGCAAUUUCUUCCCCACUCUUCAGCACCAAAUUCCCGUUUGCAAACCCUAUAAAGACACCAUCUUUACACUUUUCCGGGAUCUGGGUCGGGUCUCCUUUAAUUUUCCCGAAAGACAAAGUAGACGGUGACGGUGUCUUCCACUCACUUUGAAAAAGGAGAGAGACUAUGUGAUGUGUGAUAGUUCAUCAAACUGAAGUGUUUCUCUGUCAAUCAUUGCGUUCUGCAGUCAAAUUCAGCGUCUAUGAUCUCGUUUUGUAAAAUUUUCCGCUUGUUAAAGAUCUUGAAAUGGCAGUGUGAGUGUCGUCGCAUUGUUGCAUGAGCCAUAUAUAAAGAAUUGUUGAAGUUACUUUCUGGGUUUUGUAAUGAGGGUGUGGAGGGUUCACCUACCAGAGCAAAAUCUUUGUCCUCAUGGUGUUUUUAGGUGGGUUUUGGUUUGGAUGAGUGUGUGUUUGUUUGUGUUCAUGGUUGGUCCACCGUCUCGGUCGCUGGUGAAGAAGAGUGCAUCUCCUCAACUUUCUUGUCCUCGUUGUGAUUGUUACUGCUCUUCAGCGGAAUUUCUGCUCGAUCCUCUGGGACUUGCCAAUGGCUCGGUUUCUGAUUGUGGGAAACAUGAUUCAGUUUUGAAUGAGGAAAUGAAGAAGGAUCUGCUGGCAAUGCUAUCUGAGGAGCUAAAUUUGCAGAAAGUGGUGGCCAACGAGAGCUUGGAACACACGAAAAGGUUAGUAAUGGAUGCCAGGAAUAGCUUUUCACAGUACCAGAAGGAAGCAGAAAAGUGCAACAUUGGAAUGGAAACUUGUGAAGAAGCAAGGCAGAGGGCAGAGGCUGAGCUCGUUGAAGAACGAAGGCUCACAACACUGUGGGAAAAUCGAGCUCGUGAAUAUGGGUGGAGUGACAGAACAAACAUAAGGAGUUAACCAUCAUUAGCUAAUGAUAAUUGUAACAUAGCUUUCAUAGCCAAUACACUGGUUUUUUGAGAUGAUUUCAGAAAGAAUUUAAAUUUUCUAAUGGAUUUUUCUAUAUUAUUCCUCGACUA